AUGCAUGAUGAUGGUGGAGGUUUCAGUACACCUAAUGUGGAAAAGAUGAUGCUAUGUUGGAAAGUUAUGAAAAAAAGAGGAAAAGAAAUCUUGGAAACAGUUGAAGUAUGUGAGGAAGAUGAUAGCAAUGGAAAAAAGGGAAAGAGAGAGCAAAAGAUACCUGUAUAUGGAAAAUCACAUUUUGUUGAAAGGAUUGUUAAAAUCGGGGGCAAGGUGAAGAAGGCUGAAAUGGCGUUAUACAAUUCAGUUUUUGCAUUGAAAAGAGAUUAUGGCAACACAUUUAUUCAUGUGAUAAUCAUUGAUUAUUGGACAUCAUUACUCAACAUAGUGGAGGAACUAAAGGAUGUAGGAUCAGUUUCUAGAGUUUUCUUCGACACAAAUUUUUUGGCACAAGAAAUACUGGAUGCAUCAUUGUCAGCUGAUAGAACAAAAAGAUUGUUUGAUUCAAUGCUGAAAGUUUUCUUCCCAAUAGUUGAAAAGAGCAAAUAUUAUCUGAUAUGCUUUGAUCUAAGGGUUCCAACGUACUACAUCAUUGAUCAUGUGAACAGAACUGGUGUCGUUGAGGACAUCUAUGGUAAAAAACCCGUUCAUGUGAAAAAAUUGCUAGGGAACUAUUUAAAAACAGAGCAUUACCAAAAGUCAACAGCUUUUAACAAGAUUAAAGCUCGUGUUAUGAAAAUCACCUGGAAAGUAGAGAAAGAAGGAUCAGACUGUGGAGUAUAUCUUAUGAGGAAUAUGGAGUCAUACAUGGGGGAAAAUGAAAGGCGUUGGGAUUACGGUUUUAUAGGAAAAAAACAGAGUGAUGUACUUGCUUUAAAUAAUCUAAGAAUCAAAUACACGGCAAAGCUUAUGAAUGAAGUGAAGGAAAGCAGGGAGAAGCAGAGACGUGGAAGGCGUCAAUAUUAA